UUAUAAAAUGGCAGAGAAUAAUAAAGAUUUAAAAUAACUUAAGAUCAAGACAGCUGCUCUAAAAAGAAUUUAAAAAGAAUUUUUUGGUUAUUAAAAAGAAGAAUUAAAAUAAAAUGAAAGAAUUUAAAAGCUUAAAGUCCAAAAUGCUGAUGAAGCUGAUGUCAAAAAACAAGUUCAAAAUUUUUUUAAUAAAUUUAGGAAGAAGUUCUCUAAGAAACAGUAUAGAUGUAUCCAAAUAUUAUUGGAAGACUUGUUGAAUCAGUCAAUGAACUUUAAGCAUGGCUAGUAAUCAAUUCUUAUUAUUCAAAUUAGGAUGGAAAAAUUAAUGAUCCAUUGAUUGAUACAAGUGAAGAAAAGACUAAGGCAUUGGAGGCAAUUACUGAAGCUUAAGAAUUUUUGAAAGCCAACAAUCCAGCUUAAUGAUUAAUUAACAUCUUAUUAUCAAUAUCCUUAAUUUGUUUGAGAAUAUCUAC